CCGGCGGAAAGAUGCAGAAGGACGGAGCCACAGACCCGGUCCGUGAAGUUGAUCUCCAGCCAUUUCAGUCUGGUUCCAUGAUCGAUGUCGCCCAUCUUCUCCCUUAUCCACUCACCUCACCCCAGUUGCUCUUUCGCUCUCCUUCUGCCCGCUUUCUUCAGCAACCUAUUCUAACCCUCACAUUCGCUUUUCAUUACCUAUCCAGACCGUUCGCUCCGUUCGCUGUUCCCAGCAUCCUCAUCAUCCUGGAUACCCGUCUCUCGCUUAUCUGAUCCUGUCGCUGUCUAGCAGUCGAAUCAUUCCGACGCGAAGCAAAGUUUUUCAGCUAUCCCAUCGGCUCUCAAGUCACAAUUUCUCACCGGCAACGUCCAUCCAUUCCAUUGUUCGGUUAGCAGCCAACCGCUAGUUUAGUGCUCAAGUCCCAGGCUCCCAGCAUUAGGGGUUGGUCCACCGCGCUACCCGCACACCAAGACAAGCGUCGUACCACGAUUUCUCUGUCGCUCAGACUCUUCAAGCCACCAUCGACGAGGACGAGUACCACAACACCCAAAAGCUAUUCUCCGACGUUAAACAGCUUUGUAUAGUGCAACUGCCGUGCAGCUAUUCUAUAUACUUUAUUUUGGGGUGAAACCUCUUUUUUUGGAUAUCGGGCUUGGAUUGAUAUUGGUCGCUCGGACCUCCUACUCGGGCAUAUUCAUCUGAACGCCUGCUGCAGACUGCAUAACGUACUGCAUAUAACACAUCCUCACCACCAUCAACAAAUACCAACACUAUGAGGACAUCACUCUCUGUUAGCCAACUGGCCGUCGCAUUGCUCUCUUUGUCACCUAUUGCGUCCGCUUCUGGGCUAUGGCCCAGGUUUCUUCCAGAGAUUGACUCCCUUGUCGUGAGGGCAGACCCAGAGCCAGCAUCUUCCGAAGCGCCAGCACCAACAGCGACAGCGAAAGACACGGCGAAGCCUACAGGCAGCGCCAGCGAUAACCAAGAUGCCACAACCACCGCGCCCCCCACCACGACGAAGAAGGGGGGCCCAGUAAGCACCAACUACAACACCGGCCUGCUCUCCGAAAGUGACUCCGGCACCGGCACCGGCACCAAGACGAAGACGGGUACCAAGGCCACAACGACCAAGCACAAGACCUUCGACCCGCGAGACCCGCCAGGCUCCAUCACCAUGAUCACCCCCUCGGCCUUCGCCGGCUCCCAGCUCUACAAGAUUGGCGACUACAUUACGUGGGGCUGGAACUACACCAACGUUCAGGCCACGCCCACGGCCGUUGACGUGCUCGUCUCGUGCAGGGACGCCUCGGCGACCUGGACGCUCACGCAGAACAUGACCUACGCCACCCCGGGCUCCUUCACCUGGGACACGCAGGCUUACCAGACCCAGAACGUUGAGAAUCCGCUGCUGGUGGAUCAGUACACGCUGAUCAUCUACGACUCCGACUCGAGCUUCACCGCAACCCCCGAGGCUGGCUAUCUCGCACCCUUCGCCGGCUUCACCUUUACUCUGUACACGCCGCAGCCGUACACCCCCCUUUCCAGCGGCUGGGUGUGCGCGACCUGCAGUGGCGGUGUUUCUGAUAUCGAUAAGCGGGCGUUCGGCGCGGUGGUGGCCAUGAGCGUGGUCACGGUUUUCAGCUUCACUUGGUUCGUUACCGGGUUUGGCGGACUCAUUUGAGAACCUACUCUCGAAUUGUUGGUUGACUGGAAUAUGUUGAUGACAAAAAAGAAUAAAGGACAAAUGAGGCUCUGACUUACCGAUCAAACUAUGCUGAAUCAUGUGGAGCUGGAACUGGAAGAGACGCGAGGGACUAUGGAAGGAUAACGGCCGUGGUAUGGAAUGGCAUGGAGGGUGGAAUCUUUGGCUAAUGUUUUUGUAAUAGAGUCUGUUGGAUGGUUGAAUUUUGUUUUGCUUGCGAGAAGAAAAGGAAGGAGUUGAGCGUGUGUUGGCAUUGCUUUCUGGCCUUUCUGGUCGCUAAUCCCAUGUUUCCCGCCAGUCGGUCACAGUCGGUCAGCAAGCACGCAGUACGCCACAUAUACGCACAUAAUCAUUGAAUGGAGUCGAGUCGAGUGUGUUUACGCGCAAACGGCAAUGGAUGCGGCGUCGGUUUUUGUCUUUUGGCUUAUGCUAGGAAUUGCUUCCAUGAAUGAAAAGGAGCAGGAGGAGAACAAGACAUGGGGAAAGAGAAGUUGGAAGCGAAGCAUAAAUGUCUGUUGAAUUGGGAGAAAAAGACAUUGCAUUAUCCGUUCGCUUUCAUGAGAGCCUCAAUAUGAAGGUGGAACCUGACACGAUGAUUCAUUCCUGUGUGCUGUAUCUUGACGUCGCUGUAUAUGGCCGGUAUCAUCGACCAUAUCAUUAUUGCUCAAGAAGACGGUGCGAGGGUAAACGCCAUACCUCGAAUAUAGUAUCGUGCGGCUGUAACUAUACGCCAGCAUCCGGGUCUCUACUUUCUUCCGCCCAACUGGAUAGAAUACAUACAGAUCGCAGGUUGUAGCAUACGGAAACACAAAUGCUGCCGCCGUCCCAAUCAGUCUAGACACAUCUGUACCUGGCUCGUCUAAUGUUGUCCGAUGACUUGUCCGUCGUCUCACAUUAUACAUUGAUGGAACUAAUAAUUUCCCUAAACGCUGCAACGCCCAUCAACCCUCAAAACACUCAGGUCCACCAGAGACGGACAAGAAACAAACACGCUCGCAACCCAUUACGUCCAAUCCUUCCACAACACAAAACCAAGCCUUGUCCCAUACCCCAGCCCUAAACCAUUCUCAAACUAAACCCCCCACCCCUCUCCUCCCUCUCCCUCCCACUCCCGAAAAUCCCACCCAGCGAACUAAAAUCCACCUGCCCUAAAUCCUGCACCUUCUGGCCCCGCUGGGGCGCAUUCGGCGUCUCUCUCCGUCUUCUCUUUUCCUGACCCGCUUUGCUGGGGAAAGUAGGGAACAUGGCCUCCUGUUUCGGCUUCGGAUCCUGGCGAAAGUAUUCGUGCUCCAGCAUUUCCGACGCUGUCGGGCGACGGGAGGGGUUUAGCGAUAAGAGGGAGGCAAGCAAAGAGACGCCGGCGGCGGUUAGAAGCGGGAAUUUGGCGCGGAUUAGGCCCCCCGUGGAAGGGGGUUUAGAGGAAGAAGAAGAAGAAGAAGAAGAAGAGGGCAAGCGUAAAGAGCGGGCGUUGGGUAGACGGCGGAAACCGGGCCAUGACUCGUCUGUUGGCAAGCCGCAGAGUUCAAAGAUUUUGGUGAGCUCGUCGACUUCGUUUUUGCCUUGCAGUAAGGGUUCGCGGGUAAGAAGCUCGCCGAAGAUACAGCCCACGGACCACAUGUCGAUUUCGGGCCCGUAGCGGGCCGCGCCGAGGAGGAGUUCCGGAGCGCGGUACCAUAGCGUGACGACCAGC